UACUCGCUUUAGUGUAAACAUAUAUGUCUCCAUGUGUACGGCCCCCACCCGUUCAGCUCUCGUAUUCUCGUGUUCAGAUACUAUUCCGAACACCACCCCUGCGCGCGCUCCAAUCACCUACUCGUCCAACAAACGCCACGCCCGUCCCCAUUCGCUGCCGCCCUACCAUCCAAGAAAAUCGCGGCAUCCCCGCUGUUAUUCUUGUUACUUGGAGGGCGCUGGAAAUGUUUUGAGAGGGUGUAUAACACCUCAGCGCGCGCAACCGGCAGGCCAGCGCAAGGCUCAGAGACAAGAUGGCCAAGGGUACGUUUUUGAGACAGACGCUCAAUGAGCGGCAAGUCAACAUGAUGGCGUUUUCCGCCUGCAUCGGCUUCGGCCUCUUCCUGCACACGGGCGAAGUCCUCAACGUUGCGGGCCCGGGGCUCGCCGUCGUCGCCUUCUUGCUCGCGACGAGUGUGUUCUGGUGCGUGGUCUCGUGUCUGGGCGAAAUGACCGCCCUCUUCCCCGUCCAAGGACCCCUCUUCGAAUUCCCCGCGCGUUAUCUUGAUGAUGCUGUUGGCUAUGCGGUCGGGUGGAUGGCAUGGUUCAGCUGGGCUGUUACGAUCAGCAACCAGGCGCUGGCGGUGGCGGCGCAGUGGCGGUUUCGCGUGCCGGCUUCCUACCUCCUCCAGGUCAGAUAUCCGGAUGCGGAGCUCGGGUGGGGGACUGAGAGUGCGAGUCCAGCUGUCUGGGUCAUUAUUACCCUGUUGAUAGUCCUGGGGGUCAACGUGCUACCGGUGAGGUGGUACGGGCGCGCGGAGUACGUCUUCGGGUGCCUGAAGAUGGGCUUCAUCUGCGGGCUGAUCCUAUUCAACGUCAUCCUCGCCACGAGAGAGGGAACGAGAAGAGGUGACUCCUUCUGGACAUGGAAUCAUCCAUAUCACUACGCGGCACCGAACUACACCAUCCACCCCACAUCUCCAGCCCCCAUCGUAGUGACCGGUGACAGCGGUCGAGCCCUGUCUCUCUGGGCCGGCGUCACGACCUCCUUCUUCGCCUUCACCGGCUUCGAAAUAAUCGCGUUGUCUGCGGCUGAAAAUAAAGAUCUCGAGACCUACGAAACGAUCAAGCUCGGCAGCCGCAAAUUAACCCUCAGACUAGGGCUCCUGUACAUCCUGGCCACAUUUACCGCGAGCCUAGUAGUUCCAUACGAUGACCCUAUGCUACAGGACACUCGAACAGGCCACACGCUCGGCGGGCAGCACAGCGUAUUCAUCAUCGCCGCCGUGCGCGCCGGUCUGCGCGGCUUUCCCACCUUCUUCAACGCGUUCUUCAUCUUCUCUGCGACGACCAGCGCCAUAAAUGGGGUAUACGUCUCCAGCCGCCUGCUCCAUGCCUUGGCCGGAAUCCCUGAGGCGUGGCCACGCCCACUACACGGGAUACGCCGCACGCUCGCUUCCACAUCCGCCCACGGCGUCCCCCUCGCCGCAGUCUUCUACUCCUGGCUCUUCGGGCUCCUUGCAUUCCUCGCACUGCGCCCGCUGCCGGGGAAGGUCCAUGCGCGCCUCGUCGAGUUCGUCACGGUGCAGUGUCUGGUGUGCUACGGGGCCAUCUGCCUCUCCUAUACGCAGUUCUACGGCGUGUUGUCCCGCGUGGUGAAAGAUCCGGGGGAUGUGGGGAUCAGUGCGGAGCAGCGGAGCGCGUAUGAUAGAGACAAUACAUACUAUCCGUACCGCACGUUCGGACAGCGGGCAAGGGCGUGGUAUGGCGUGGUGUUCUGCGGGUUGCUUGUGGUGGGGAACAAGUGGACGGCUUUCAUAAAACCCUUUGACACGGCGGAUUUUCUGGCAAGCUAUUCGGUUGUAAGUGUUCUUGUCUCUUGAUGCAGAGCACGGAUUAGAGAGUGGACAUCGACUGACCUUGUUCAGAUCGCCGCAUACGUCCUCAUCAUCGCGGCGUACCACGUUCGUUCGGAUGGGUGGCGCCUCUGGAAAUGGCGCAGACACGCAUCACUGAAUAUCCAGAGGCCACCUCCCAAAGUUGUCGUGCCAGGUCGGCGAAGGGGCAGACUGCAUCUGCCGAACCCGAAGCACGCGCUGUGGGAAGCAGAUAAUAUGAGGGCCAUCGGGGCGUGGAUGUGGCUGUGGUUGAAGUGAGACUCUAUGCACGACACUACAGCCCGUCGCCUACGCCCUCUCUACGCCCCGCCCCCUUCUGUGGAACUCUGCGCACGAUGAUGUGCGAUGUGAGAUUGAGAACGAACAAAACAAAUUUUU